ACAGAACAUCCUGGACACUGAGAAGGAGUAUGCUAAAGAACUUCAGUCUCUCCUUGUUACUUACUUAAGACCCCUGCAGUCCAAUAACAAUCUGAGUACUGUGGAGUUUACAUCUUUACUGGGAAACUUCGAGGACGUAUGCACGUUUCAACAAACACUCUGCCAAGCCUUGGAAGAAUGUUCAAAGUUUCCAGAAAACCAACACAGAGUAGGAGGUUGUCUACUGAGUCUCAUGCCUCAUUUUAAAUCUAUGUAUCUGGCUUACUGUGCAAACCAUCCUUCGGCUGUAAACGUGCUCACCCAGCACAGUGAUGAUCUAGAACAAUUUAUGGAAAAUCAAGGUGCAUCCAGCCCAGGUAUCCUCAUUUUAACAACAAGCCUCAGCAAACCAUUCAUGCGACUGGAAAAGUAUGUCACUCUCUUGCAAGAGUUGGAACGGCAUAUGGAGGAUACUCAUCCAGAUCAUCAGGAUAUUCUGAAAGCAAUCAUAGCAUUCAAAGCUCUCAUGGGGCAGUGCCAAGAUCUGAGAAAGAGAAAGCAGCUGGAGUUGCAGAUACUUUCUGAACCUAUUCAGGCAUGGGAAGGGGAGGAUAUUAAAACCUUGGGAAAUGUGAUUUUUAUGUCACAAGUCAUGCUGCAGUAUGGAACAUGUGAGGAAAAAGAGGAGCGGUACCUUAUGUUAUUUUCAAAUGUCUUGGUAAUGCUAUCUGCAAGUCCUCGGAUGAGUGGCUUUAUCUACCAGGGAAAAAUACCAAUAGCAGGAAUGGUGGUGACUAGAUUAGAUGAAAUUGAAGGGAAUGACUGCACAUUUGAAAUCACAGGUAGCAUGGUAGAGAGGAUCGUGGUCCAUUGCAACAACAACCAGGACUUCCAGGAGUGGUUGGAGCAGCUGAGCAGACUGAUCAGAGGACCUGCCUCUUGCAGUUCAUUAUCCAAAACAUCGUCGUCAUGCAGUGCUCAUUCUUCUUUUAGCUCUACUGGACAGCCCCGAGGACCCUUGGAGCCUCCUCAAAUUAUAAAACCGUGGAGCUUAAGUUGUCUACGACCUGCACCUCCACUUAGACCAUCAGCAGCACUAGGUUAUAAAGAGAGGAUGUCUUAUAUCUUAAAGGAAUCUAGUAAAAGCCCCAAAACGAUGAAGAAAUUUCUUCAUAAAAGAAAGACCGAGAGAAAACCAUCAGAGGAGGAGUAUGUGAUUAGGAAAAGUACAGCUGCUCUGGAAGAGGAUGCUCAGAUUCUUAAAGUGAUCGAAGCCUAUUGCACCAGUGCAAAUUUUCAACAAGGUCAUGGCUCAAGUACUCGCAAAGAUUCUGUUCCACAAGUCUUACUCCCUGAGGAAGAGAAACUCAUCAUCGAAGAAACCAGAAGCAAUGGCCAGACCAUCAUCGAAGAAAAGAGCCUCGUCGAUACUGUUUAUGCCUUGAAGGAUGAAGUUAAAGAACUGAAGCAGGAGAAUAAAAGAAUGAAGCAAUGCCUAGAAGAAGAAUUGAAGUCAAGAAGGGACCUAGAAAAGCUGGUUCGACGGCUGUUGAAGCAGACAGAUGAGUGUAUUCGAGCUGAAUCCAGUAGCAAGACCUCGAUUCUUCCAUAACUGUCACUGUGCAGCUGGGCAGAGUGUACCUGCAGGGCAUCUUGUAAUGUCCUGCUGAAUGAUUUGACUCAGUUUGCUCACUUCUUUGGCUUUUAUUUUGUGUUUGAGUCUCUCUCUUUCUCUUUCUCUUUGUGUGCGUGUUUGCCUGGGUAUUUGUUGUUGUUUGGUUAUUGAUUGGUUGUUUGUUUUCAACAGGAGAAAAAAGCAGGAGGUAGUGGUGGAAGUGCCCCCAGAGUCUUUUCCAUUCAAUAAGAAAAGGAAAGGUGAUGCAGGAAAAUGACUUACAGGGUCUUGAGAUGGCCUCCAAUUCACAGUGCCUCUGCAACAGCCAUUGCCCUCGGGUCACGUUCUUUGGGCUGGCUGCUGUCGCAAAGCAGCUGGCCAUGGCUUAUUACGUGUGAAUCCAACUUUUCCCACAGUGCUCUCCUGUACCUGCAAGCCCCUCAGAACCUAAUUCACUGAAGCAGAGCUUCCUGAGCUAUGACUAGAGUAGGAGGAAAGACUAACACAUUUGCCCUGAUGCAGCUGCCCUUCUCUAGACUGUCAAGAACCACCUCUCAAUCAUGCCUUUUUAAAAUUACUACCCAAUGUUGCCUGUAAGAUGAAGAAGACUGUAUUACCUUACUCCUUUGUGUAGGCAUACAUUUUAACUCAGUGAGGCAGAAGCUCUGGUCAUCCAGGCCAACCCCACAUCCAUCAGCGAAUUGCAUUGGCCAGUCCUCCCCUUCAGCAGAGUUGGCCGUCUCUUCCCAAUGCAUGACAGCUUUUUCCCCUAGCCUCUGCCUCGGUGUAAGUUUUCUAUUUCCCCAGUGCUUUUAGCCAACCAUACCGAGCAGUGUGUAAACUAGUAUGUAUGUCCUUUGCUUACUUUUUAAAAAAUGUAGUUAGACUGUGAGCAGUUACUUUAUCUACAUUGCAUAUCUAAACUGCAACCUUUCAUCCUCAAAAACAGUGUGCAUUGAGGAGAUAUGGUGUCCUGGUAGACAGCUUUCAUUCACUUUAUUGCUCUCUAUAUAUGCUGUGAGAAGUUGUAAUAUUCAUCAUCCUGUCUGAGUAGAACUCUAAGUAUUAUUUGCAAAAAUGUGCUGUUUGUCCAGUUUGUAUUUCCAGAAUGAAAGGCCCCCUCUAAUAGCUGUUAUUAGUGAAGCUGAUUACUUGGAACUGGUUUACUCAAGCUGCUCAUUGAAUCAAACCAUCAACUUUGUAAGUAUCCCAGAAAUUAGAACUGUGAGAAACUAGGUGUAGGACAGAGUCAUAGAAGAACAGUGCACAUCCAAAUUCAGCAAAUUGGAAGUCAGCCCAAGGCUGUAGGACAGAACUGUGCAACCUGCCCCUUCCUUCCCCAAAGAGAGGGGAAGUUCAGCUGGGUGGAGAAGGUCACCAGAAAGACUAGCAAGGGGCCAAUGGACUAAUCAAAGUUGUCUUCCAGAUACAUUUGAUGGGUCUCUGUAAAUGUGGGUUUUGCAAAUGUUCUUUAGAAACCAAACUUGAAACUUGAACCCAAUAGCUUGCUGAGGAGCCUUUUUUAUUUCUGGUACGGUGGGUCUCAAGGUUCCAUAGCUACAUGGUACAGGACUGUUGUCUGCUAGCUGCACAGCAGAAAUUACACCAUCCACAGGAAAUGGACCAAUUCCUGCAGUUCAACAUCAACCAACCACACACCACCAUCUUUGGAAGCUGAAGAGUAGAUUUCUAAGAAUGGCUGGUGUUCUUUUAAGCACAGCGGUUUAGAUGUGACAUCCUUCACCUAAAAAUUAAAAACAACAAAACCAACACAGAUCUUUGCAUCUGCUCUGUCUAUGGUUAGUCAAUGGCUUGUAAUAAAUGUGCAAAUUAUGUCCCUAGGAAAUGUUUUUGUGAUUACAAAAUACCUUAGUUGAUUGCUAAAAAUAUUGAAAGGUCUUUAUUUUAAAGUGAUAUGUACAUAUGCAUGUUUUUAGGACUUGGCCCUUCUGAGGAGAAGCCCUCCUUGGUACUCUGGGUAAUGAUGUUUGUGCAGAAUGGUGUCCGCUCUUACACACUAAACAGUAAUAUAAAGGAAAUGAAGCCAUGUUAACCUGAGAGCAGUGUCUCCGUAGUUGUGUUGUUUACAAUCCUCUAUAAAUGGUUUCCUGUUACCCUGUAAUGAAACUGCUGCCCUUAGAGGCCUUUCAGUUCCUUUUCUGUCAUGUCCCAAGCUCAAAUUUUCUAACUCGUUUUUAUUUUGAAGACUUUUAAAAUGGACAUUUUCAAUAAAUAAGAAUAAACAGUGCUUUAUAAAAUAA